AUAUAUAUAUAUAUAUAUAUUACUGUAGUGUAGGUAUAUUUUGUAUAAUAUUGUUGUUCAAAUUUUUCAAACACUCCACUUUAGUAUGUAAGAUAAUAUUAUAUUUUAUGGCUUUAUGAAACGUAUCCAUUGAUAAUCGAAUCCUAAUCAUUUUAACGCGAUGUUGUUACAUUAAAUCGGAUACCUUUUUUAUUUUGCAAUCACAUAACGGGAUAUUCUAUAUACCUACCUAAGCGAGGCUUGUUUGGGUGUACACAAUCUUAUCCAUAACGUUGUGCCGUGCAUAAAUUUCCUCUGAAAAUUAUCAUGUUCCUUCAUUCGUGACACAAUACCCUUUUGGAAUGCUUCGGUUUUUGAGUAGAAAGCGGGGUCGUAAUGAUCCUAAAGCAAGAAACAUCAAAUCCGGAGCCGAACGGUUAAAUCCUCCGAACAAGCAUUGUAUGCAAUGCCGUGUCGUGCUUUUAGACGGAACAGAUUUGUGUAUAGAGUUAUCGAAAAAAGCGGUCGGCAGUGAUUUAUACGAGCAGGUGUUUUAUUCUUUGGACUUAAUUGAAAAAGACUAUUUUGGACUACAAUUUACUGAUGCUAACCAUGUUCAGCAUUGGCUUGACCCAACAAAAGCAAUUAAAAAACAAGUACGAAUUGGACCGCCUUAUACAUUCCGACUACGUGUAAAAUUUUAUUCCUCCGAACCAAAUACGUUGCGAGAAGAAUUAACACGCUAUCAGUUUUUUCUUCAACUUAAAUUGGACAUAUUUGAAGGUCGUUUAGAAUGCCCACAAAAUACAUGCAUUGAAUUAGCUGCAUUGGCUUUACAAUCUGAGCUUGGUGAUUAUGAUGAGACUUGUCAUACACCGGCGGUCAUAUCGGAGUUUAGGUUUGUGCCCAACCAAACUGAAGACAUGGAGAUACAAAUAGUAGAAGAAUUUAAAAAGUGUAAAGGUUUAACGCCAGCCCAAGCAGAGACUAGUUAUUUAAGCAAGGUCAAGUGGUUAGAAAUGUAUGGAGUGGACAACCACAUUGUUCUGGGUAAAGAUGGGUGUGAAUAUGCCCUUGGCUUAACACCUACAGGUAUUUUGGUAUUUGAAGGGAUACAGAAAAUUGGUUUAUUUUUUUGGCCGAAAAUAGGCAAGUUGGACUUUAAAAAGAAAAAAUUGACUUUGGUUGUUGUGGAAGACGAUGACCAAGGACGUGAACAAGAACAUACAUUUGUAUUUCGUUUGCAUAAUGAAAAAGCAUGCAAACAUCUAUGGAAAUGUGCUGUUGAACAUCAUGCUUUCUUUAGGCUCAGAGCUCCUGUUAAAGGACCUUCGGCAAGACAAAAUUUCUUCAGAAUGGGAUCACGGUUUAGAUACAGCGGUAAAACGGAGUUUCAAACAACACAGUUGAAUAGAGCAAGACGGACUGUUCAGUUUGAAAGGCGACCAAGUCAGAGAUAUGCAAGACGGCAGUCUCAUGUUUUAAGAGAGCGUCAAAAAGACAAACCAGAAAGGUCUAAGACAUCCGAAGAAAAAAACAAAGUAGAAAAAGUUAAUAUAAUGGAUAAACCUCCAACUCCUAUUUUGGAUCCUAAAGAAUUACAACUUGAACCAACAUCUUCAAUAGCUUCCAACGCAUCAGACGUUGCUGAUGAUCGCCUAGACUCGUUGUUGAAGUGCUUAAACAAAGACACGCCUAUGAUAAACGACAACAAAAAUGAAUCAAACUCUGCAAUGUCCAGUUUAAACAGUAAACAUGAAGACUAUGAUAAGGAAGAAGAUAAAAAGUGUACGACUUCUCCUUUACCAAAUAAUAAAAAUACAUCUUACAGCACGACUCCCAGGCCAAUACCUAAAGAACAUUUAAAAUGUAACAUCUUAAAAGCCAAAGUCGAAGAAGAAAUGAAGAAAAAUCCUUUGACUCUGUUUGAUCCCCUAUCCACUGGCAAGGUUACCAAUUUACAAGAUAAUAAUUUGCAAAAUGGAGAGUCCCCUUUGAAAUUAACUACGUUUGGUAAAGAACAAGCAACUUUUGUAUCCGUUGGUGGAGACAAAUUGACUUUGUCCUUAAAUGGCGGCAUCGCGGCACCAGAAGAAAUUAAACUGUCGACCGAAGAACACUCUGUAACUGAAUCGGCGGCUGCGGUAUCUAAAGAUGACCGUAAAAGAUGUGCCACCCCGGUGACAGUUACGCACUUCUCAUUUGGAGAGUGCGGUAAAUUAGAGCAGAGGGUUAUAUUAUCUCCCGACAGGAGUCCCACCGAAAGCACAUCGAGUUUUUUAUCUUUGCCAUUUGACACUACUUCCCCAACUAGCCCGAGAAAUCCGUUUACUGCCAAUCCAUUUACAGGAGACGCCCAAACUCCAACCACUAACCCGUUUUUGUCCUCGUCAAAUCCAUUUUCCGAUAAUAAUAUUAAAAAAGACUCGGUCAAUGGUGUCGUGGUCGCCGUCCUUGAUGCAAAUUCAGGCACCACAAACGGUGUAACAAAUAAUGAAACAAAAAUACCUCCAAAAACCCAGCAGGAGUCGUCCAAGGUAAAACCGUUAAGUCAAAUUUCACCUUGGUUAGUGAGUAGCGCAGCCGAAACGACUUCAGGUCCGAAAAUAAUUACAAGGAAAUCCGUUAUCACGACACAGCUUUAAAAUCAAUACUACAAACAACUGUGUGGUAUUUUGUAUGAUGAAUGUUAUUUAUUUUUUAAACAAGUCCAUACAAAUUUAAAAAAAAAAACGGCAUACAACGUAUAAUUUUUAGCAAAUUGUUAAAAAGUAACAAUAUGAUUGACAUAUUUUGAUCUCUUCCAUUUUUCUACUAUGAAACCAACAAAACAAUUUUUAUUUAACGCUAAAUCUUUACGUUUUAUGAAUACUAUGAUUAAUGAUUUGGUAAAUAAUUCGCUUGGGAUCAAACUUGGUAUCUAAAUAUUUUAUUGUAUUUGUAAUUGUAAAGGCUGCUUUUUUAGUUAAGUUUUUUAAAAAAAAAAAUUUACUUAAUUCAAAAUAAACAUUCCUCGCGGUAUCGUGAGGGUUACUAAAUACAAAGAGUUUAUGCACCGCUGUUUUCUGUGAUUUUUCGAUCAUUUUUAAAUAAAAAUUUAUAAUAAAAAAAAAAAAUAGAGCUGUAUUUUAUAGUACAGAAUAUAUUAUAUUGUAUUAUUAUUAUUUUAAAUAUAUUUUUUGCCUAUGUACUUAUAACAUUUACAUAGAAAUUAUCGGUUUAGAUUUUUAACGACCAAGUACAACACAUUUAUAUUUUUUAAUAUUCUUUUAACCACUACCAGUAUUAGCGUUAGUGUUAAUAUAUUUUGUAAUUGACAAAACAUUAUGUGAUUUCCUCCGUCCAUUUGAAAUUAUAUACAAAUUUUACGUUAAUUAUUUUCUAUCGACCAAUGUUUAAAACAAUAUUAUUCCUACUUAUUAAAUGGUAUUCAGUUUUAAUGUACUUUUAGAAGUUUGCUCUCUUCAUUUAUACAUUUUUAUUUAUUUUUUAUUACAUAAUAUAUAUGUAUACGUAGUGCCGCAACUAGAAAAUUGGUCCACCACUAUGAUUCUCAACGGAUGUCGAUUUUUUUUUUUUUAAUGUCUACAAACAAUUCUUGUAAUAUUUUUCAAAUAUUAGUUGCGGUUUUGAAACCGUUUGGAAAAUGUUUACGAUGGGACUAUAAUUAUUAUUAAUAUUGAACAAGUUAUACUCUUAGUCGAUUCUUUAUUUAACCAAUGCAUACUUUAUUUUGUUAUUUUUACUACAUAACCAGCCAUACAUAUAUUUUUUAUUAUUUUUAUUACUAUUAUAUUAUAUUAUGUAUCGCAUCAUCAUCAUCAUCAACAACAUUUCUGUGAACACUUUAUUUUAUGAACGGAGAGAACGUAUUAUUAUUAUUAUUAUUUGUAUUUUUGUGUACGAUGCAAUUUGAACACGUGAAAAGUAUUGUUUUUCUCACUUUACAUUUGCUUUUAUUUGCCUCUUUAUUUGUGAUAGUCAACAAAGCAGUAUCUUAUAUUGCUGGUACUUAUUUAUUUUUUUAUGUAAUUAGCUAGCCCAUUAUCAAAUGUUAUUUUAAAUUGGCAACUAUUAUUAUAUUAUUUUGUGUUUGACAUAUAUAUUAUUAUAAUCAACGAAUUUAUACGUACUCGUAUUGUAUUUAUUUGUAUUAUUAUUAUUAUUAUUAUUCGUUUAUAUUAUAAAUAGUUAUAUAAAAACAUGUCAAUACUACAAUUGUUUAGGAAUUUUAUCAGUAUCACUUGUAUACGUUUUAUAAGCUCAGUGUGCCAUAGUCUGUAGGUAUAUAUAUAUAUAGAUAUUAAAUAUAAUUAAGUUUAUUUCGGAGUUUAUUCUCUU